UUAUUUUGCAAAUGUUUCUGUGGAUCUAAUAGUACCAUCUUUGAACUACCUCUGCUCGAUCCAAAACCAUGUAGCAACUGCACAAAGCAAUUUUGUUUGGACAACGUACAAGAUGGCAUGUGCGAUGGCAUUGCCGAUGAAACUUGUCCCAGUAAUGAUUUUCGCACUACAUGUUUUGCACGCGACUCGGUUAAGGACGAGUCGAUUGUCUUUUUGUUUCUCAUAUUAACUGUUGGUCUGCUCAUUUCGGCUGCAUUAAAACCUCGAUUUGACCGUUGGCAGGAG